CCAACCAUCCUAACUCAUCAAAGUGAUAGACGCUCUCUCUCCCUCUCUCCCUCUUGCUUUUGUUCCCACUCUUCUUGGUUCUCUAUUAUAGUUUUUUUUUUUUGAAAAAGAAAAUUUAGGUUCUCUAUUAUAGUUUCAAAAAGAAAAAUCGAAUAAAACCUACUACUUCGAUCGAUGUUAGGUUCUGUCCUUAUUUCCACCAACCAACGAAGAUAGGAACCAAAACAAAACCCACAAGGCUAGAAACCAUGCGAAAUCUCCAGUCCCUUCGUCUCCAUUUGUUUUCUCGUACACUGUUUACGAUCGGUUUAGUCACUCUUCUAAUGAUCGAUUCGUUUGCAAUACAAAACAACAACAAAGCCAACACAACAAAAGAGAUUACUACCACUAGGACGAUGACCAACUCCAUUACACACGGUAAGGAGCAUGAAGAUGGAAGAAGACAUGGUGAUCUUAGCUACGCUGCCAGCAAAAGAAAAGUGCCUCGUGGAUCCGAUCCUAUACAUAACAGGAGAGCUGGAAAAUCAAGAAGGCCACCGGGAAGAGCAUAAGUACGGUGAAAGCUUGGGGAAGAGAGAGAAGUAUUUGUUGGCAAAUAGGUCUUGUAAAAUGCUGUUAGAUUCUCUUUUCCCGUUCAUUUGGGAUCGAAUCUCCUAAAUAUGCUCAAAAUAUUUGUGACCCUACACUUCUGUUUCUUUGAAUGUUUUGUUUUUGUACCUAGC